AUGCCCCACGCUGACUCACUCAAUGGGGGUACCGUGUCCGAUGGCUCCGUGUUCGUCACGGAGGAUGCGUGUUCGUCACGGACGACGGCGUCAGGAGCUUCAGAGGUCUCACCAGGCGAUGCAGGAGAUGUUGCGCGAGAGCAAAGGCUCCUUCAACGCUGGGACGCCCAGGGCUCGCACGGUGCCAAUGUGUCGUGCGGGACUUUGGUCGCAGUUGGUUGGGGUUUGCUGGCCCUGGAGGUGACUGUGGCGGGUGAAGAAACGCCGGUGGAGGGUGUAUUUGAAGAGCUUGAGAUCAAAUGGGUGGGUGUGAGUCUGAAAGAGAUGAUGCGAGUAAUAGAUCCAGCACUGAGGACUUUCUGCGAGGAGAAUGGCCAAAGCGAGGGGCCGGAGCAGCCGCCUUCGGCGGUCAGUGGCGAGUCCGCCAUCCUGGGCGAUGUUCACAGGGAGGUGCAAAGCAUCAAGUUGCACUUGGAGUCGCAUCCCUGGCCUUCCAGGUGGACGCCGGAGAUUUGUCAAAUGGAGAUCCAACAGCUGAAGAAGCAGCAGCGGAUCAUGGAGACCUUGCUCCUCACGUACCGGGAGGCCUUGUCGGAGAUGACUCAGAAGCUGAAGGAGGCUCUUGAGCGCCCCUCCAGUCCAAAGCUUGGAGUGAGCUUGGCAGCACAUGCCAGGCGCCAUGCCUCCGAGCGACCCUCCAGCAAAGAAGGCGCAAAGCUUCUGGCGGAAAAUGUGCUGCAAUUCGUCGAAGAGCUCCACCGACGGGUGCUUGCACGUUGA